GUGCAUGUAGACAGGCCUGUGCAUGUCAACGCUUAUUCUGUGCCUGCAUUAUUCAGGAUGCUUUACUGUUGAGAGCCAGCAAUUUACGGAAGAGUUGUCUCUGUAAGUAAAGUAACACAUUUCCUGCUUCUACACCAGAAAAACGAAAUCACAAGUUCGGGCAUGAAAAGCUAAUCCUCAACACAUUCUUCAUGGUGUCAUAGGUUUUCCAUAGAACAUGUGGGAGUUUUUGAUUCUGCUCUUAGCUGUUAAUUUUAUAGCUGAGUCCUGGACCCUUAAUAUUGCUUAUCUAGAGGUGACCUAUGGCCAGCAGCUAAGUAUCAUGAUGUCAAAUGUGCCUGACAAAUUUGACUUUACACCUGUGAAUAAACUGCAGUCAUCUAUUAUCUGGUCCAGACAUGCAUCCAAAGACAUCCAGCCCAAAAGGGGACAAGUGAUAGAAUCAAAGGAAGAAAAACGCUUCGUAAUUAAUUCUGUCACAUUUGAUGAUCAGGGAAACUAUACAGAGUGGAACUACUGGGACAAAGUGGCGUCAGUCCAUGUAGUGAAGGUUCUAUCUAAAAGGCGUAUCCAGACUUGUAUGCCUGGUAAAAAUCUUAGCAUUUCCCUGGAUGGCCUUUCAAAGGAUGAGGUUAAACUACAAUACUCCAGCAAAGAUUUCAACCUCACUCUGGUAGAGCACGGCUUGCCUGUGGGAAACAAACAUCAUGGAUAUUGGGGAAGGAUUCAAGUAAUUACCAAAAAUAUCCAAGUUCUUAUUGUUGAUGGUUCAGAUGUGGGGAAGUAUACACUCAGUGACCGUGAAAAUAAUACGGUCAUGAUCAUCACACUGAGUAUAGCUGGCUGUGAACUUAAGACCACUAAAUUGAAACUGAUGCACGGCGAGGAGUUUAAUAUCAAGCUGCCGAUUUGGUUUAAGAAGCUGGUGUUUAGCUCAGUGAAUGAAGUGGAAUCUGCUGUCUGGCCCAGCUGUGCUUUGCACACAAGGAGAUAUGUUAAAGGAUCAGGUUACAAAAGGCAAUUUAUAAUUAGUCCUGUAACAUUUAACGAUCAAGGAACCUACACACUGUGGAAUUACAGGAACAAAGUGUCAUCAAUUUAUAAACUGAAGGUUGUCUAUGCAAACCGUAUCCAGGAUUGUGUAGUUGGUAAGACUCUCAGCAUUUCGCUGGAUGGCCUUUCAAAAGAUGACGUCACGCUGCAUUUCACCAACCAAGAUUUCAACAUCACUCUGGUGGAGCACGGUUCACCUGUGGGCAACUCACAUAAUCACUUCUCAGAACGGAUCCAGGUGACUAGCAGUGAUAUCCAGGUGCUCAACAUUGCUGUGUCUGAUAUGGGCAACUACACACUCACUGAUCGUGAAGAUCGCAUGGUGAAGGUCAUUACUCCGAACUUUGUCUAUCAACCGAAUCCUCUGCUAGCUCUGCUGCUGUUGCUUUGUAUACCACCCUGUGUUUGCUGCUGUUAUGGGAAUAUGAUCUAUAAAAAAUGGACUCAAACCACUACCACCACCACUGUGAGUGCAGUGCAGUUUGAAAACCAAAAUCCACUUCUUGCAUCUACACCAAGCCGCAUGAACUCUGAAGCUCCUGCAGGCAGCACACUGGUGGAGCAGUUUAAAGCCACAAGCAAUGGCUGAUGUCCAGACCUCUUUGGAUUUCAUUGUCCAGUUCAACAUUAACAUGGGAUAGAAAUAAAACUCUUUCAUUCUGCAGCCUUCUGUACUAUCUUACAUGUCCUUUAGGGGGAAAACGGAUAGUUUUUCUGAUGGCUUUUCACAGAGUGGCGUAUACUUGUGGUUCUUCGACUGACUUCCUGUAGCUAAUCAUAUCCUGUUUCCUGCCUACAAAACAAAAACAAUCUGCCACCCUUAACUGAUGGCCCGAUGCUUUCAAGAUUCUGAUCUGUACUGGUGUUUAGGUGUUGGAAUGAAUGCUUGCUGCCUUUAAAUUCAGACUAAAGAUUUAAAAUAAACUUAAAUAAACUCAUGCACUCUUGUUUCUUGCA